UAACUAAUAAAAUAAUAUGAAUGUAUUAAAAAAUGCGACACAAAAAGAAUUUAAUUUUGUUUACUCUACUCGUCUCAAACUUAGUUGAACAACCGGCACCAGAAGUGGCGAUCGAACAAGGAGUUCUGAGCGGAAAAUUGAGUACUAAUGGAAUGUUUUACGAAUACAUUGGUAUUCCUUAUGCUACUACAAACAGCAGUACGCGAUUUAAGGCCCCUGGUCCACCGCCUUCGUGGCAGGGCGUUUACAAAGCGGUGGAUGAGAUAUACUUCUGUCCACAACCAAUUUAUAUCGGAUACAUUGGUGUUGAAGAUUGCCUCAAGAUAAAUGUUUACGUUCCUACAAUGGCCAAACCACCUUUUCCAGUCAUGGUGUACAUCCACGGUGGUACUUUUAUUGUUGGAGGCGGAGGGAAACUGAUAUAUGGACCUGAUUACUUGAUAGAAAAAGAUGUUAUAGUAGUAACGUUUAACUACAGAUUGGGCGUACUCGGAUUUUUAUGUCUCGGUAUUAAAGAAGCUCCCGGUAAUGCAGGUUUAAAGGAUCAAAUAACAGCAUUACGAUGGGUUAAGAAAAAUAUUGCUGCUUUUGGUGGAGAUCCUGAUAAUAUAACGUUAUUUGGUGAAAGUGCAGGUGCUACAUCUACUGCUUUGUUGUUAGCGAGCAAUGCAACGUUAGGUUUGUUCAAUAGAGCUAUAGUUCAAAGCGGACCGGCUCUGUCUAAUUGGGUCAUAAACAAAAAUCCCGUGCAAGUAGCAAGACUUCUAGCAAAAGCCUUAGGUUACAACGCUGAUAGUAGAUUAGAUUUAUAUAAAAUAUUUUCUAAGUUAUCAAUAAGAGAACUGGUUGGAACAAAUGUAAGAAUUCCUUCUUUAAAAUACCUCGAUACACAACUAAUGCAUUUGCCGUGUGUUGAAGAGAAUAUUGUUGGAGAAGAAGCAGUAUUGACAGAUUUGCCGUAUAAUUUAUUUAACAAUAAAUCUGAAAGUGUUCCAGUCAUUUAUGGAUCUACUAGCAAUGAAGGUUUAUUCUUGAUAUCCGAAUAUCGGGCAGAUAUGUAUGAAAAUAGAAAUAAUUUUUACAUGUUUGGGUCAGAUUUGAGUUUUAAAAAGGAAAAUGAUGCAGCAAAUGAAUCACAGAAAAUAAGAAACUUUUAUUUCGGAAAUGAUGAAAUAAAUGCAAAGAACAUGAAGAAUUUAUCCGAUAUGUACACACAUUUGUAUUUUGAAAUGCCUUCCUUGUUUGAAUCGAGGCUUCUAAUAGAAAGAACAAACACAACAGUAUAUAAUUACUAUUUCGAUUAUUCGGGAUCAAGAAGUUUCAUGAAGAUGCGUAGUGGUUACGUAAAUGAAAAUGGAGCUUGUCAUGGCGAUGAUAUAUUUUAUAUAUUCAAAGCAUUGUUUUUACCUUUAACUUUAUAUCAAAAGGACCAAAAAAUUAUCAAUACAAUGACAACUUUAUGGACUAAUUUCGCAAAAUAUGGGGACCCAACUCCGGAUGAAACAGAACUUCAAAUCAAAUGGAUGCCAAGUAACAAACACCAAAUGAACUUUCUGUACAUAGAUGAUGUCUUGAAGAUGGGAAAAAUGCCGAAUCCGAAGCCUUAUCAAUUAUGGAAAACUCUUUAUGAUAAAUAUAGAAAGCUUUCUAUAUAAUAAACUUGAAACGCAUCCGAGCUUUGCUGAUUUCUAUAAAACCGUAGUAUCUAAGGUACUAAAGCUGAUUGGAAAGAUAAAGAGUUUUAAAAUUGGUUCGGGAGCAUGGAGUUAAUAUGGAACAAGCAAAGAAAUCUGAGUUUCGUUAUAUUGGUAAAGACUAUAAUCGAAAAAAAUGCGAAUUUGACGGACUAAUAAAAUGUAACUCUAGAGUCUAGAGUGUUAUAAAUUUAAGUAUACCCUUAAGAAAUACACAUAUAAAGCAAUUAACAUUGAGCGGAUAAGGCACAAAUUGUACUAAUAAUAAGGGUGCGGGCACAUAUUAGUGACGAGCGGAGCGGCGCGUCGGUGGAGCGCGGCAACUGAUCCGCUCUCGCUUGUUUUGUGCGCUACGCUGUUUUGUGUACUUUGAUAACAUCGUCCCGCUCCGCCCUUCCGUCGCGCCGCUCCGCUUGUCGUUUUCGUGUCCGCAGCUUACGUCACUUGUCUUACCUACUUGUCACUUAAGAAG